GAGCUGGCUCCCCUCGCAGCCUCAGCUAAGACCCGGAGAGGUGGAAUUUCGAUUUGAAACUCCCUAGCCAGGGCCGGCGCUGGGCAUGCUCAGUGCCUCGGCGUGUCGGGCUGCUGCUAGCUGCACAGGCAGCAGAGGCGCUGCCUGGCUCGGAGACUGGCACUAGAGUCCACCCCACUGUCACCACCGGCUGAGGGCUUCCAGAAGGCCAAACUCUCACCUCCUCUGAGCGCCUUGCCCCCGCCAGCCUCGAGUCCCCAUCUCCAGCAUCAUCCUACUCUCCCAUCUCUCCAUCCCUUAUGGAGACGAAGCCAGUGCUCGGUUCUGUAGGCACGCCACAGACUGCACUGUGAACCCCAGCGGAGGACCCCUAUCAUCGGAUGCCCGGGAUCAAAGGACUCUUGGCAGUGGUUCUCCCAAAUAGCACUUUGCCUGGAGUGGGGUUGCGGUGGAGUUUCUCCUCCGCCCCUCAAUGCACACACUAUGAGGAGAGCGGUCGGCUUCCCUGCACUGUGCCUGCUUCUUAAUCUUCACGCUGCAGGGUGUUUUUCCGGAAAUAAUGAUCACUUUUUGGCUAUUCGCCAAAAGAAGAGUUGGAAGCCAGUGUUCAUUUAUGACCAUUCACAAGACAUUAAGAAGAGCCUGGAAAUCGCUCAAGAGGCAUAUAAACAUAACUACCACGCCCCUUCCGAAGUUCAAAUAAGCAAACGUCACCAGAUUAUUAAUUCAGCAUUUCCUAGACCUGCAUAUGACCCGUCUCUUAAUCUGUUGGCUGCGUCUGGUCAAGAUCUUGAAAUAGAAAAUCUCCCAAUUCCAGCAGCAAAUGUGAUUGUGGUGACACUGCAAAUGGAUAUAAACAAGCUGAAUAUAACCUUGCUUCGGAUCUUCCGCCAAGGUGUAGCUGCAGCCCUGGGACUCUUACCUCAGCAAGUGCACAUCAACCGUCUCAUUGAAAAGAAGAGCCAGGUUGAGUUGUUUGUGUCUCCCGUAAACCGGAAACCAGGAGAGCCGCAGGCCCUGCAGGCUGAGGAAGUACUGCGUUCGCUUAAUGUGGAUGUUUUACGUCAGAGUUUACCGCAGUUUGGAAUUACAGACGUCUCUCCCGAGAAAAAUGUUUUACAAGGGCAGCAUGAGGCGGACAAGAUUUGGAGCAAAGAAGGAUUUUACGCUGUCGUCAUCUUCCUCAGCAUCUUCAUCAUCGUAGUAACCUGUUUGAUGAUUAUUUACAGGUUAAAAGAAAGGCUUCAGCUUUCCUUAAGACAAGAUAAAGAGAAAAACCAGGAGAUCCACCUAUCACCCCUUGCACUCCAGCAAGCACAAUCAGAGGCCAAGACGACCCACAGCAUGGUCCAGCCUGAUCAGGCGCCCAAGGUGCUGAAUGUGGUUGUGGACCCUCAAGGCCAAUGCACUCCUGAGAUUCGAAACGCCACCUCCACCUCGGUCUGCCCUUCUCCCUUCAGAAUGAAGCCCAUAGGACUCCAGGAACGACGAGGGUCCAAUGUAUCUCUUACACUGGACAUGAGUAGCCUGGGAAAUGUGGAACCCUUUGUGGCCGUCUCAACCCCCCGGGAAAAGGUCGCCAUGGAGUACCUGCAGUCAGCCAGCCGAGUUCUCACAAGGCCACAGCUGAGGGAAGUUGUGGCAAGUUCCCACCUACUUCAAAGUGAAUUCAUGGAAAUACCAAUGAACUUUGUGGAUCCCAAAGAAAUUGAUAUUCCACGUCACGGAACUAAAAAUCGUUAUAAGACCAUUUUGCCAAAUCCCCUCAGCAGAGUGUGCUUAAGACCAAAAAAUAUAACUGAUUCAUUGAGUACUUACAUUAAUGCUAAUUACAUUCGGGGCUACAGUGGUAAGGAGAAAGCCUUUAUUGCCACCCAGGGCCCCAUGAUCAACACUGUGAAUGACUUCUGGCAGAUGGUUUGGCAAGAAGACAGUCCCGUGAUUGUUAUGAUCACAAAACUCAAAGAGAAAAAUGAGAAAUGUGUGCUCUACUGGCCAGAAAAGAGAGGGAUUUACGGCAAGGUGGAGGUUCUGGUCAUCGGCGUGAGUGAGUGUGAUAACUACACCAUCCGCAACCUCGUCUUAAAGCAAGGAAGUCACACCCAACAUGUGAAGCAUUACUGGUACACUUCAUGGCCCGAUCACAAGACUCCAGACAGUGCCCAGCCCCUUCUGCAGCUCAUGCUGGACGUAGAAGAAGACAGACUGGCCUCUGAAGGCCGAGGGCCUGUGGUUGUCCACUGCAGUGCGGGAAUUGGGAGAACCGGGUGUUUCAUCGCUACAUCCAUUGGCUGUCAACAGUUGAAAGAAGAAGGAGUUGUAGACGCACUAAGUAUUGUCUGCCAGCUCCGUGUAGACAGGGGUGGUAUGGUCCAAACCAGCGAGCAGUAUGAAUUCGUGCACCACGCUCUGUGCCUGUUCGAGAGCAGACUUUCGCCCGAAACUGUCCAGUGACAACGAUUCACCGGAGCGUCAAUCUCUCACGGGUGAUUCAUCCAAUUACCCACUGAAAGCUCCCGCACGCACGGAGCUCCCUGCAAUGGAUGCCGAGGCUCUAAAGCCAGCCUGAGGCACGGGUUGUGGAAGAUACGGCAGCAUGAAAAGAUUGCCAACCUUUGUGAAUAGGACUGCGUUCACGGCAUCCCCCUCCCCCACCCCGGUUACUCUGAAGGUCCUGUGCUGAUAGAAGUAUGACAGUCUUCACGCAGCCCGAGGAGGACUUUGUUUUGUCUGUGUCGACUCUCCACCGCACAGAAUCUACGUGUGUGAUAUUCAGAGACUGUCCUCUUGAGGACCGGAGGAGAGGCUGAAGAUGCCAUUACCCCGUGUUUAGAUGCUUUAAUAUUCAUAAAGCCUGUCUGGCGCACUGGACUGUCAGCUGUUCACCUGUUCCUGUUUUAAGUGGCUAUUACCUAUCUCAGUUACCAGAAUCUUGCUACUCAAGUUGCGAGUGAUCAACAAUGGAUUUUUAACCAAGACGUUUUUUUUUUUGUUUUUGAAAAAAAAAAAUCAAAUGCAGUGACUAUUUUAUAUGGACAUGUGUCUGAUUAUAUCUAUGAAGUGUGUAUUUAUAGUAUCUCCUAUGGAUCAAUUACAGAGCACAAUGAUUGUCAUUGGAUAUAUAUAUGUAUAUUAUAUGUAUAUGUACACAUAUAUAUCCUAUUAUUAGAUAUAGAAGUGGCUCCUGUUCCACAACACCUACUACUGUAUUUCUACAUUGUGAUUUGUUUGACUUUAAAAGGGGAUAAACAAAUUUAUAGUAACUAUAAAGUAUCAAUAAUUUUAAAUACUCGUCUCUCUUUUACUAAGAAGGGAUUUUUGAAUACAGUGUCUACCUGGUAUCUCUCUCCCAAUAAGAAGCAGGUGCCUUUGGGGGUGCUCCAACUUGUUUCAUCCCCAAAAGUUUUUCUAAGGGCACUAGUCAUGCACGACCUUACAUUUCUAAAAGAGUUCCUUCCUCAAGAGACAAAUGAAGGCAAAAAAAAAAAAAAAUCACACUCAGAAAACAUAAGAUGUUCUACUCAGAUAUGAAUUUUCAAUGCAGCUAAGUUGACUUUCUUUCGUACUCCCAAUAAAUGACUCUUAACAG